AUGAAACUAACAACAACUGGAUCCUUCAGAUGGAGAAUGAAUGACACCCUAUUCAGAGAUGAAGAGAUUUAUAAGAAGGCCCAAAAAACAGUGAAAGAUUAUUUUGAGAUAAAUUUGAGAACAGAAGUGGAAAAAAGAAUAAUUUGGGACGCAAGUAAGGCCGUGAUGCGAGGUUUCCUAAUACAACAGAACUCCAUAAAAAGGAAAAAUCAAAAUGAAAGGAAAGGAAAAAUUCUGGAAAAAAUAAAAGAAGGUGAAAAGAAAUUGAGGUCUAAACCAAAGUCCCAUGAGAUUCUGAAAGAAAUAAAGUACUAUCAGGUGCAAUAUAUGGAAUUGAUGAAUCAAGAGAUAGAAUGGAAAAUAAAGCAAAUGAGACAAAAGACAUUUGAAUCAGCAGAUAAAUGUGGGAAAUUUCUGUCAUGGCAAUUGAAAAAGAGGCAAAAAUUGAACACUGUGACAAGUUUAGAAGUGGACGGAAAGAUUAUCCACAAACCAAAUGAGAUAAGUAAUUGUUUUCAAGGUUAUUUCAGGAAAUUAUAUGCACAAGGGCCAGUUAAUGAACAGGAAAUAGAAGAAUUUGUUAAGAAACAUGGAUUACCAAAAAUUUCAGAGCAAAGCAGAAGGAUUUUGAAUGAGAAAAUAACAGGACAAGAAAUAGAGGGUGCCAUUCAGAAGAUGCAAUUGGGAAAAGCUCCAGGACCAGAUGGUUUGACCGCCAGAUAUUAUAAAGUGUUGAAGGAAUGGUUAGUACAACCACUGAAGGAAGUAUGUAACGAAAUUUUGGAGGGAAAAAGGCACCAGAGUCGUGGAAAGAAGCAUUUAUCUCACUUAUACCGAAAACUGAGACUGAAAAGAACCAGGUUAAAAACUACCGCCCUAUAUCAUUACUUAAUGUGGAUUACAAAAUUUUUGCGGACAUUAUGGCAAAAAGACUGA